AUGGUUAAUUCCACUCCAGACUCAAGUUCUUCCUCCUCUGCUUAUACCCCUGAACCUUCAAGUCCGUUAUUUCUCCUUUCUUCUGAUGUACCGGGGGUGUCUUUAGCUGCUGUGCCUUUUUCUGGGACUAAUUUUGGGGGUUGGAGGAGGAGUAUGAUUGUGUCUUUGUCCGCUAGAAAUAAAAUAGGUUUUAUCGAUGGGUCUUGCACCAAACCUGCUGUGGAUUCUCCCCAGUACAGGCAGUGGGACAGAUAUGGGACUGUUAAUGGAACUAAGGUGUUUGAAAUAAAGAGAGAACUUGCAUCUACUUAUCAAGGGACUCUCGACAUAGCUUCCUAUUUCAACAAACUUAAAAAACUCUGGGAUGAACUGGGGGUUAUGUGUACCAGCCAUGCAAAUUCUUGUGUUUGUGCUGCUAAGGAGGGACUCCAGAAGGAGAAAGAAGAGGACAGGGUUCAUCAGUUCCUCAUGGGUCUUAAUGAGGUUUAUGUGGGGGUAAGAAGCAACAUCUUAAUUAUGCAGCCAUUGUCAUCCCUUGAUACAGUCUACAAUAUUUUGUUGCAAGAUGAAAAACAGAGACAGGUUGUCCCUAAUGCUCAACUUAAUCCAGAAUCAGACUCUUUUAAUGCAAAUUCCAACAUUAAUAGAUUCCCUUCUCAACUCUCAUCUACAAAACAAUAUACACAAAGGGUGAACUUUGAUUCAAGCAACCAAAGAUCUAAUGAUACUUUGUCUUGCAAGUAUUGCAAGAAACCUGGUCAUACAAUUGAGAAAUGCUACAAAUUACAUGGCUUUCCACCAAAUUUCAAGUUCACAAAGGGUAAGAAGUUUGGUACUGCUGCAAGUGCUGAGGGGCAGACUUCUGAACCUUCUGCAAUGUAUCCUCCUACUGAUCAAAGCUCUAUGAUCCCUGGUCUCACCAAGGAGAAGUACUCCCAGUUGAUGCAAUUGCUCAGUCAGUCUAUAUUGGGUGACUCAGGGUCCCAACCUGUUCUAAUGGGAUCUGCCAAUUUUGCUAGUAGUACUUCUUCUUCUCCUAUGUGCUUAAAUGGUAGUUCUACUGUGCGCAUGUUGACUAGUGUAGCUGGAAGGGUUUGGAUAGUGGAUUCAGAGGCAAAUGACCACAUGACUUCAAAUAAGAAACUCCUUUUUAAUAUUACACCUCUUCCUGUUCCUUACUUAGUUUCUUUACCUAAUGGUUAUAAAGUUAAGGCCCAUUCUAUGAAGAAGCUACUGGAGCUUGGUAGAAUGGAUCAAGGAUUAUACAAAUUUCACCUCAACCAUUCUGCUCCUCCAACAAUCUCAUCUCCUAAUAACUCUGUUUUACAGAAUGCUAAAUUUUCUUUACAUGGAAAUGUUCAAAAUGUGAACCACAGUUCUGUUCCUGAUUUACCUUGUGCUACUAUUCAAAAUGUGCAAACUGAGAAUUCAUGUCAUGUUUCUACUUUACCUUCUUGUACUGUUCCAAAUAAUGUGAAUAAAAAUGAUGUUCUUUGGCAUUAUAGAUUGGGGCAUGUUCCUUUUGUUCAAAUGAAGCAUAUUCCUUCUAUCUCUAAUGAUUUGUCUACUAAACAGUCUUUUAUUUGUCCUAGCAACAUGGACACAUCUUUUACACUCCAAGAGCUAUGCUUUACUUUACUUAAAGCAUUUGUAGCAAUGGUCAAGACACAGUUUCACCUUUCUGUCCAAAAGGUUAGGAGUGAUAAUGCCUUGGAGCUUGGUUCCUCCAAUACAGCCAUUCAAUUUUUUUCCGAUAAUGGUAUCAUACAUCAAACAGCUUGCCCACACACACCACAACAGAAUGGUGUGGUAGAAAGGAAACAUAGACACCUACUAGAAACUUCAAGAGCUUUGUUGUUUCAAUCCAAUCUUCCUACCAAGUUCUGGGGAGAUUGGGUUUUAAUAGCAACCUAUCUUAUUAAUAGAUUUCCUUCUAAAGUUUUGUCUAACAAGACUCCAUUUGAAUUACUUUAUGGGGCUGCUCCCUCCUAUUCUCAUUUAAAACCUUUUGGGUGCCUUUGCUAUGCUAGUGUUCCCAAGUGUCAUAGAGAUAAGUUCCAACCUAAAGCAUCUCCUUGUGUGUUCAUUGGCUAUCCCUUUGCUAAAAAAGGGUACAAACUUUACAAUCUCACCACCAAGUCUGUUCUCUACUCUAGGGAUGUCAUCUUUCAUGAAUGUGUUUUUCCUUAUACUUUGCCAUCUUCUGCUUCUUCUUAUCUUCCUCCUUCAAUGCCUAUUGCUUAUGAUUCUAAUGCUGAUGCUGUUACUGCUUCUUCUAUCCCUCCAGAUCUCCCUCUCCCUCCUUCUCCAAUACGUGACACUCCUCCUGAUGCUCCUAACUCUGUCCACAAUCCUGAUGUUCCUACUCCCAUUCAUUCUACUGUUCCUGUUGAAUCAGUAGUUCUUCCUGGUCCUGCAGUCAGAAAAAGUUCUAGAACCCAUCAACUCCCUUCUCACUUGAAGGAUUAUGUGGUCCAGCUCCCUUCUGCUUCCUGUUCUUCCUCUUCACUCAUGUCUACUACAGUAGAACCCCAUUCUUACACUCACGCUGCUGCUAUUCCUGCUUGGCAAGAGGCCAUGAGGAAAGAAUUUGAGGCCCUCGAUGCAAACCAAACUUGGAAAAUUGUUGAAUUACCUGCUGGAAAAAAGCCUAUAGGAUGCAAGUGGGUGCAUAAAAUUAAAUACAUAUCUGAUGGUAGUGUGGAGAGAUAA